GAAGAAGAUCGUGAACUAGAGGAACUCGGUCCGUGCUAGCAUCACCAUGUAACGAUGGCGGUGUCGAUAUAAGUAAAACAAAACCUCAGAGGACCCGUCCUGAUCCAAAACGGAGUCUUUAAGAUGGCAGGCGAGGAGGAGAGGGGGGUGGUUCGUGUCAAAGUCAAGAAAUGUGAUGGAGUGCUUCCUGUGGAGUUUCGCUCUUUUGCUGUUGAUCCUCAGAUAACGUCGCUGGAGGUCCUGCAGCACAUACUUAUCCGAGCCUUCGAUCUGAGCGGGAAGCGGAAUUUCAACAUCAGUUACCUGUCUCGAGAUCGGAGCGGCAUGGAAACGUAUCUGUCGCUGCUGUCCGACUGGGAUCUGGAUGUUGCCUUUCUCAGCGCAGCCAAACCCUUUCUGCAGCUGAAGAUGGAUGUAAAACCUUCAGAAGACAGCCCCGUCAUGGAGGACUGGGACAUCAUAAGCCCCAAAGACGUGAUUGGUUCUGAGCAGCUUCUGGCAGAGAGGACGAAGUCUUUGGCAUCUGCAGCUCUGCCCUUCACUCAGUCUCUGCUGUCUCAGGUGGGACGGACCCUGUCCAGAGUCCAGCAAGCUUUCACCUGGUCUUAUGGGGAGGAGAUCAAACCUUUCAAGCCCCCCCUGAGUGAUUCGGAGUUUCACAACUACCUUAAUGGACAGGGCCAGUUGACCCGACCUGAGGAGCUCAGACUGCGGAUCUACCACGGCGGCGUGGAGCCUUCGCUGCGCAAGGUGGUUUGGCGGUACCUUCUGAAUGUCUACCCUGACGGACUGAGCGGACAGGAGAGAAUGGACUACAUGAAGAGGAAGACGAGAGAGUACGACCAGCUGAAGAGGGAGUGGACAGCUCGGGUCAGCUCAGAGGACCUGGAAUUUAUCCGAGGGAAUGUUCUCAAAGACGUCCUGAGGACAGACCGAGCUCAUCCGUACUACGCUGGCUCAGAAGACAGCCCACACCUGACCGCUCUCACAGACCUGCUCACCACAUUCGCCAUCACACAUCCUCAGAUCUCAUACUGUCAGGGCAUGAGUGAUAUCGCCUCACCUAUACUCGCAGUCAUGGACAACGAGGCGCAUGCCUUCAUUUGCUUCUGUGGCAUCAUGAAACGCUUGGAGGGAAACUUCCGGCCUGAUGGGCAGCUCAUGUCCAUCAAGUUCCAGCAUCUGAAGCUGCUUCUGCAGUACUCAGACCCAGAAUUCUACUCCUACCUGGUGUCCAGAGGAGCUGAUGACCUCUUCUUCUGUUAUCGGUGGCUUCUUCUGGAGCUCAAGCGAGAGUUUGUGUUUGACGAUGCUCUGAGGAUGCUGGAGGUCACUUGGAGUUCUCUUCCUCCUGAUCCUCCUGAAACUGAAGUGGAGCUGCUGGGACCGCAGCUGGAGGCCAACGAAACAUCAUCCAGCAGAGACGAGGAGAAGGCGGCUGAAAACGGCCUCGGAGAUGAUAAGGAAGAAAAGGAGAAACAGCGGAGGAGGCAUAUGCUGAGGCCCUCCAGAGAGGAACCUGAUAUGAACAGGAAUCCUGCCACUGAAGAGAGAGACAGGCAAACUGGGGGCACUGGAAAGGGAGUUGAGGUUGGGGCUUCUGGUAUUCCUCAAGUAACCAUAGGAAAGUCUGAUUUGCAGCAUCCUCGUUGUGAGAGGCAAAUGAGUUUUGGAGAAUUUAAAUACUAUACAGCCAGAAAUGAAGACAGCUUUGAUAUGGAGGAUGCUGGUCAGCCACAGGGUUCGGUUGCUUCAGAGCUUGAACCAAACAUCCCAACACGUCAGUCCACAGUCGACAGUGAGGACGACCCUGGAGAAAAAACUCCCCUCAUCAAAGACUGUGACAGUGGCUUGUCUCCUGUAUCAUCACCCCCUCUUUUUCCCCGUGGCCUACCAAUCUGGAAAAACGGCUCCUCAGUCUCUCCCACAUCUUCAGCGUCACGCUCCAGCUGGCCAGGGGCUUCUCCAGAGUCACCUCCAAACUCUGCAUCCUCAUCCACACCCAAUGGAAACGAGGCCUUAACAAGAACUGUCCCGAAAGUAACGGCUUCUUCUGCCCUAGUGAUGAGCUCAACUGCAGGGAUCACUUCCCCCACAACAACCUCUGUAAAAACAUCUGGAACAUCUCCCUCUCAUACUCAGGGUAGAUCCUUGCUCUCGUCGCCUGUUUUGUCCUUUGGGGGAGGUGGCUCUCUGUCUGGGAGCAGGUCAAACUCUAACAAUCUUCCUUCACCUGCCACCACAGUGAACACACCCGGUUCUCUAAAAACCGAGACCACCAGCAUCAAACCGUGCUCCUUGCCGCCUCCCCAGGAGUUUGGCAAAGGCAACCCCUUCAUGCUGUUCCUGUGUCUGUCCAUCCUGCUGGAGCACCGGGAUCACAUCAUCAAGAACAGCCUGGAUUACAACGAGCUAGCCAUGCACUUUGAUCGCCUCGUGCGGCGCCACAACCUGAGCAGGGUGCUGCAGAGAGCCAAGGCCCUGUUUGCAGACUACUUGCAGAGUGAAGUGUGGGACUCAGAAGAGGGGGAUGAGGUUAGCUCAGACUCACCGACAGCUGCUCAACCAUCCCCUUCUUCGGCAGUCUCUGCUAGGCCCAUUUACAGUCCUUUAGCCUCCCCUCCGUCAUCUCCAAACUCAACGUAUAACCUUACAACGACCAUUCCUUCACCAUCAGCUCAAGUCUCUGUUUUUCCCACAUCCUGAGUCUGUAUGCAUCAUUGGAUUCCUGUCCUCAGUAGACUCCUGGUGGCCUGUUGGAGGUAUAGAUCUUUUUUAGACAACCUCCAUCACUCAGCUGGGCCAUUAAUAUUAUUCUCAUUAUGUGUAUGCCUGAUCUACUCCUCAUAUCUGUAGUCGUCAUUUAUGUUGUCUAUCCUGAAUGUGGGCAUCAACUAGCUUCCUUUGUUAUCGUGUUCUCUGAGGUUUGCUGACGCAUGAAACUUUAAACUCUGGUUCUCGCCUAAGAUGCUGAGGCGGUGAAGCAGUCUUUUACAAAAUCCCUGAAAGGUUUGUCCACUUGGUGCAUUUAGCCUGUGUUGCUCUUAUUAUCUUUGUUUACAAGCUCAUCUUAUGUUCAGUAAGCCACAAAAGUGUCUUAGCUACAGCACUAAAAUACCAAGAGUCUAAAACGCAAAGGGAAAUCCAGAAUUUGGCCAAAAUGUAAAUGCUCUAGGAGGACUUUUACAAUAAAUAAAUAAAUAAAUAAAUAAAAGUAUUAGUUGUAUCUUAAAUUUUACUUAUCCAAAGUGCUGUACAGUUGAACUUGUUGGAAGAUCAGGAGAAGAACUUAAACCCCAGAUGCAUAUAAAAAAUGGACAUAACCAAUGUGACGUCAAAGACUGUUUUGAAGCCUUAAGGUUUGUAUCUGUUAUGGUUUCGGUCUUUUUGGAAUCAGUUUUAGGAGAUAGAUUAACACCCAAUUAUUUAUUUAUUGUUUUAGUUAUUAUUUUAGUUAUUUUAAAAUGACAACCAGCAAAUUCAGUGCAUGCAAAGUCAAAUGCACAGUUAGAGUUCGACCUGGUCGUUUAACUGGACCACCAUUCUUGUCCCAUUAUAAAAAGAAAAAAGCAGCUUUAUUGGGAAUUCACCUGUAAUAUAAGCUUACUCUUUCAUUUUUUUACAAAUAUAUGCAAAAUUUUGGAACUUUUGAGCAUGUGCAGCAUGCUCAUGCUCAUUUAAGUUAAUAUUUAAAACUAUUUGACCCCAUUUGAGUCCAGUUUUUGGAAAGAAAGGAGUUUGGUCUUUGAAUGGGAAUGUGUUGGGAAUUAGGUGUUUCAUAUACUGCCCCCUCUCUGUUAUCAGUGGUAUUGCACUUAAAGGCACUUCUGCAUUAGCUUCACUUUGACUGGAAGUCACUGUGUCCAUAUACAGGCCAUGGUCUAAACACAGAAAAGUUUAUGGGUUUCCCCUCAUCUAUGUAUGCUUUAUGCUAACGAGCCAAAUUUAUUCAGUGUGUCUUUUCUUUCUUUUUGCCUAUCAUGUUGCCAUGAGCUUGUAAAGAUCUACUGUUGCUUCUGUAAAGUAGGGGUUAUUUACCUGUAAGUGCAGAGGAGGUUCAGAUGUGGUGGGACAGAACAGAGAAAAACUGAGAUUGAAGAUACUUGAACAUCAGAGAUAUUCUGGGUCAGUGCAAUGAGAAUCAUUUCAAAGGGAGACGUUUAAUCAACUUUCUAUCAGAAAGUCACCGCUGUGCAGAUUUAUUCAUUGUGUAACUUUAAAUUUCCUCAGCUGCUUUUACUUGUUUUACUAAAUCUGACUGUUGAGGAGCAGACGAGGCUUUCCAACUUUAUCUAACAGAAGUGGAUCGUUAAAAGUGAAGAAUCCUCAUCCUCUCAGCCGUCAUAUGGACACAGCUACAUGUACAGCUGAGAGUGUUUCAAGCAUGGAUUUAGAGCUGAUGUACAAAGUGUAAAAGAACACCAUUUCUAUAUUUCCCAGUUGUGUUUUUUUCUGCUUUUUUAAAUUUAACAAAAGCUGUUUUCUUUUUGGCGUAAACCUUCAAACAUGAGUAAUACACAGUCUGUCCUCUUUAAUUCUAAAGUUUUGCAUAUUUCUUAAUGAUGUUAUCAGUUUAUUAUCUGGUUGUGGAGGAAUUUUGGUCAACUCUUCUUUCCAGUUUGCAGCAUUGGUUUCUGCAGCUCUCUGAAGGUCCCACCAUGACUGGAUCAUGUCAGCAUCUUGAUUCUUUUCUUUUUCAGCCUCUCUGUUGUCGAUCUGCUGCUGGGUUUGGGAUCAAUGUCCUGCAGCACGAGACACUUUCAGCCAAGCUUUAGCUGUUUGACAGAUGGACUCACAUUUGGUGCUACAAUACCAUACCAUUCUAUUUCUGAAGUACUUUAGUCAGUUGUUAUGUUGUUUUCAAAGUACUGUACAGUAACUGUGAGAGAAAAUAAGGACCUCAAAUGGCACAAAUGAAAAACAGGACCUAAAAUGCAAAUAAAGGUAGAAAUAAAAAAAUAAAACAGAUCUAUAUUAACACAUUGGAUCUAUAGAAAUUUAUAAUAAAAGUGUAUACAAAAUAGUGAAAUACAGACAAAAGACGAUUUUUAAACGAGUUUUAAAACGGCAGGAGGAGCUGCCUGACCUGCAGCCGCUCAUUCGGCAUUUUAGAGACUACAGCUCUAUUAUACAACUGAUUUAUAAUGUCUUCGGUGCUGUUUACAUCAUCUGAUCAGCUGAUCUAAGAGCACAUGAUGGCAUGUAAGAGUGAAGCAGCUCCGAAAGAUAAAAACAAAACCUUAAAAUGGACUCAUAAAUGAACAGGAAGCCAGUGAGGGGACCCUAAAGCUGGAGUUAUGUGCCCUCAUUUGCUUGUACUAGUUAAAAAUUGUGUGGCUACUCUAGAAUACUUUGGUAUCCAGAGGAGUUUAUGCUAGGUGUCCACAUCACCCCCCUCCACCACCGUGCUGGACAGUUGGUAUGCAGUGGUUGUGCUGAUGUGUUCUACUUUCUGCGUUGACCGAACAUCUCCACUGUGUUCUGGUCUGUCUAAAGGACCUUGUUCCAGAAGUCUGGUGUUUGUUCAGAUGCAGCUUUGCAAACCUCAGCCAUGCUACUAUGUUCUUUGCAGAGAGAAGAGGUUUUAUCCAAACGAGGCACACUGGUCCAGUUUUUUCUAACUGGACUGUCAGGAACUUUAGGGUUUAACAUGAUAACCGAGGCCUGGAGAGUCUGACAUGGAGCUCUUAGGUUUUUUCACUGAGCAUUGCGUGGUCUGAACUUGGCAGCUGUUUUAAAUCUUUUCCAGGUUGUAUUUACCAGGUUUUAGGGCCUGGCAAGGACCGGAUUAUUUUUAGGCAUCAUGAUGUCCUGAUAUGUGAAGUGGAGAAGGAUAUGAUUUGCUUUUCACAUGACGUCCUCUAACUUCAGUCAGCUGACGUUAUUCAUCAGGCUCCCGUCAUGUUUUCAGCUACUUGUUAUUUCAGUG